AAAUUUAGGGCUGGGGUUUGAGAGGGAGCUAGGGUUUGAGGACGCGGAGGAGAGAAGGCAGGAAUCGGAGCUAUGCCGGGCUCGGAUCGAGUGCACGAUGAGAAGAUGGAUGCCUGCUACGACGUGAUGCUGCGCAGGUUCGUGUAUUCGUCGGCGGUGGGAGUGUUCGCGGGGCUGCUGUUCUUCCGCUCGCCAUCGGCGCGAUGGGCGACCAUGGCAUUUGGCGCGGGCGUGGGAUUGGGCUCCGGCUACACAGAUUGCUCCAGGAUCCUCAAAGACUCCAAUUCAUCGCUGGGAUUGUUGGGCCGAGCAGAUUAGAGACAGAACGAACAGGGUUUUUUGGGGGUGGAAGUUUUCUCUCCGCAUUUUGGAUCGACAAGGAGGAGGAAUUUGGUCCGAGAAUAAGAAAGUAAGAACCAAGAUCAUCAAUGAUAAGCUCACUUUGUUUUUGUUUC